AUGGACCGUCAUGCUCCACCCGAGUCUGAAUCCGAGCUCCAGCCUGAGAGUGAAUCCACUACUCUAUCCAACUCAACCAACGACCUAGACCUCCCAGCAGACCUGCUCGCCGAAAUUGACACCGUCCUCCAAAACACCCCAGCCCCACCAAUCAACCCCAUCGAUACACCCCCAGGAAGACGAGCCGAUCUCCUCCGGUAUACUCAAUGGACCGUGAGAGUUCCCCCAUGGCGAGAACUCAUGCUCCUCACACCCCUCCGCGAACCCGUCAACAACCGCAUCAUCAACAUCCAAGACUCGCGCACCCUGAAGACUUUCCUCGAUCAGCGAAUCCGCAAGCGCAACGCCAUGCUCGCUCAGGCGGUUGGCGUCAAGGCUAAUCCGCCAUGUACGCAGUGCGCGGGGGGCCAGGGACAGUUCGUGGGAUGUAUUCACAUCCCCGUCUUUUUUGAUGGGGCUUGUGCGAAUUGUGUCUGGGAAAAGUCGCCCAGUCAGAGGGGGCAGUGUAGCUUUCUUGUGGAGAAGCAGCGUCGGAAAGAUGCUGCGGAGUAUGAAAAGAAUGUGCAACAUGGUGUUGGUCAGACUUUCACUAGCGUGUGGAAGCUUCCUAAGAAGUGA